CUCCCCACCCCCUCGCUCUCCCGCACCACCGGACGCGCGCCAUCGCUUCCAUCUUGCAUCGGCCCCCUCCUCCGCCAUCACAUCACCACCAAACCAAGCAAGCAAGGCAGGCCUCGCCUCCGCAUUGCUCAGCUCGCCAUGGCGCGCCUGCUGCUCCGAGCCGCGGCGCUGCUGCUCGCGCUCGCGGCGCUGGCAGCCGCCGCGGCGCUCCCGGCGGCGGCGGGCGGCGUGGCCGGCGGGGACCUCGGCGGCCACCUCGUGGUGCGGCGCGGCGGGCGGGGGGCGUGCCGCGGCACGGUGGGCGAGUGCAUGGGCUACUUCGGCGACGACGCCGAGGGCGAGGCCGACGUGGCCGGGAUGGCCACCGGCGGCAGCAAGCGCCGGGUGCUGCAGGGCGGGUCCGGGUACAUCGGCUACGACGCGCUGCGCCGGGACAACGUGCCCUGCUCCCAGCGCGGCGCCUCCUACUACAACUGCCAGCCCGGCGCCGAGGCCAACCCCUACUCCCGCGGCUGCAGCGCCAUCACCCAGUGCCGGGGCUGAUGAUCGCCUCCCUGCGCGCGUCUUCCAGCUCAAAUCAUGGCGCGGCAGGAUCAAGCAGGCUAAUCGGUUGCUGCUAGCUUCAUGGUGAUGCUUGCUUUAAGAGUUUGAGAGAUGGGCUGUGCAGUGGAGAUGUGUCGGUUCUGUUCUACUAGCUGAGCUUCGCCUUCAGGGUGAAAGUAAAAGUAAUUUAUAUAUGAUCGUGUAAUUCUUGUGUCUCUGAAUCUACCGCCAAAUGAAAUUUCAGCGUAUGUCUUUCGUA